CACACGCAGUUUGGAAUGGCGUCCAUUGUCCUCGCAGGUUUGAAACUCGUGGUUCCGGAGAAAGGAACAAAAGCAACCAUAGCCUUCCCACUGAGAAGUAUCAAGAGGGCCUGGUCGAGACCAGUGGCAUACAUCAUGUUGGUUGGAGCGGCGGCAGCAUUGUGUCUUCUCAUCAGUCUGACUUCGGCUGCAAAAGGACCGAAAGUCACUGACAAGGUUUAUUUUGAUAUUGAGAUUGGUGGAGAGCCAGCUGGAAGGAUAGUCAUUGGUCUUUUUGGAAAGACUGUCCCUAAAACUGUGGAAAAUUUUAAGGCUUUGGCCAUCGGAGACAGGGAAGAUGGUGGCACUAAACUUACCUACAAGGGGAGCAAGUUCCACAGAAUCAUCAAGGAUUUCAUGAUUCAGGGAGGUGAUUUUACCAGAGGUGAUGGUACAGGAGGUCGCAGCAUUUGGGGAGAGAAGUUUCCAGAUGAAAACUUCAAAUUGAAGCACUAUGGAUCUGGCUGGCUGUCCAUGGCUAAUGCUGGAAAGGAUACAAAUGGAUCUCAGUUCUUUAUCACAACCAAGAAGACCUCCUGGUUGGAUGGACGACAUGUGGUUUUCGGAAAAGUGAUUGAGGGCAUGAAUGUGGUGCGCAAAAUUGAAAGCAGUAAGACAGAUGCCAGAGACAAACCAGAAAAGGAUGUUGUCAUUGUUAACUCAGGUGCUCUUGAGGUUGAGGAACCUUUUGCUGUUGAAAAAGAAGCUGCAGAGGAAUAGUGUUGAAUAGUGUUUACUAAUGUAUAUUGUACCUUUUUUUUUAAAGUUUUUUCCUCCAUGUUUUGUGGUAUUUUGUUGAUACUAUAAAAGAUUGCCAUAUGUUUGCAUGUUAAAAAUGUUGGUGAUGACAUUUAUACUGAAGAAUGAAUAAUUUUGCAUAUCUGCACUAAGAGUGUCCGUUGUUACAUCAAUACUUUCUGGAUCCAAAUUCAUUGAUUUGUACUUUUUUUGGCAACAAAUAUUCAGAGAGGCACUGACCACCUUUGAAUUACUGGCAUGUGUCCAUACUGUAUUCUAAUUCUUGCUGAUUGCAGCUUAGUUAUCAGGGUGCAAACAGCUUAGUUAUCAGGGUGCAAACUCAUUUGAUCAAAGGCAUUUUUCACUAUUCAUUUGACUGAUGGGUGUGAUACUGUGAAAGAGUUAAAAUGAAAUAAAAUGAGAACAUUUUGGAUAAAAGGAAA